AUGACGGAUCUUCAGACCCCCCGGGAACACAUAGCCGCCUACGAGGGACAUAUGUACCUUCAACUGUAUUGUGCAGCCACCUGGUGCAAAUAUUUUCCGACCACUCUGACCGGUAUCGCUCAAACCCAGUUUCUCAAACAAAAGCCCGUGUCGAUAGGAGGAUACAAGGAUCUGGUCACGAAGUUCCGGCUGCAAUUCAUCAGCAAUUACCGAAAAGAGAAAAGCACCCAUGAGCUGAUGACGGUGACUCAAGGCAAAGACGAAAGUCUAAGAGACUACAUGACCAGCUUCCCGAAGGAGGCCACUAUGAUCAGUUGCGUCAAAGCAGAUGUAGCACUUUUCGCUCUGCAAAGCGGCCUGAACCCGGGUGAAUACCGAAACCAACUGCUGAUGAAACAACCAACCACUCUGGAAGAAGCCUACUAA